CACUAAUGUUUACAUUGAUUUAAUAAAUGUUCUGUGUAAUUAUAAAUGGAGUUCAUGAUUUGGUUCCUGUGUUGUUGAAAGGUGUCAUCAUGUUUAAAUGCUUCAUUAGCUGCAGUCUCUUUGGAAUCUCUUAUUCUAUGAUCGUAAUUAUGCGGAGUCAUAUAAGCUUUAGCAUGUCGCAUCAUUCUUCUCAAAGAUUCCUUAUCGGCAAAAGAAAUAAUAUCCAAAAUACUUUCUAGUUCGAUCACAGCUGCAUUGGGAUUAUCCACAACGUAAUGUCUUCUAUUCUUCAUUUGCACGUUACGUCACGCAUAAUUAAGAAAACCGGAAGUCGGCCAUGUUGGACGAUAUGUAAGCGUGUUUUAGGGCACGGUCACAGUAGUGAAUAUGUAAGUUAUCUAAGUUUGCCAUGCCAACUCUAUGUGCUGUAGUUGGUUGUGGCCACAACAAUGUUCGCGACAAAGGAAAAUACAGUUUUUUUCGAAUUCCGAAAAUUAUAAGUCAUAAUGGUGAAGAAACAGAACGAUUAAGCACUGAAAGAAGGAAACGAUGGUUCAAGAAUAUUCACCGAUCUGACAAAGAUCUGACCGAGAAAAAAGCCGAAACAACCCGAGUUUGUAGCGCACAUUUUGUUUCAGGAAAGCCAUCGGAUCUUUACGAUAAAAAUAAUGUGGAUUGGGCUCCUACAGUAAAUAUGGGACAUUCAAACAUAAAGGACCCUGCUGCUGCCGCAUCCCGAGGAUCAAGAGCUGAGAAAAGGGCAAAAAUAUCGAUCCAACCGGUCAAGAACAAGCGGGCUAAGAAGAAGUCUGAGGUGACAACUGAGUCAACUGACACAAGUUCAGCGAGCUCUCACGACUUUGACAACUACUUUCAUGAUAUUCCACUCCAAGAGUAUGUUAGUCAAGACUCUGAUUUAGACAAGGGAUGUCAGUUUCAUGUUGCUACACUAGAAGCAUCUGUGCAGACCACAGAGACAAUUAUUGACCUACACAAUAAAGACGAGUACACUCGCAACCUACAGUGNACAGAUCUUUCUCCGAUGCCUUCUAAGAAAGAGUUAGCUUGUGAAUGCGGCCAUUGUCAGACUUGUCUAUGGAAAGAAGAGAUUUGGAAAGAAGCGCAAUACAGAGUCGAUAUCAGAGCCUUUAGAAAAGCAUAUUUACCUAAGUGGAUUGAAGACAUUACAGAAAAGUUGGCUUUACUAAAAAUUGAAUGA